CCUGCCUUAUCAGCUCAGCGCUUCUUCCUCCAGCUCUCUCUCUCUCUCUGCCUCUCAUGGAGGCCUCCUCCUUGCUCGUUGCUCCCAGGGCCGUCUCCGUCUUCUUUUCUUUCAGAGGACACUCUAGGAGAAGGUGCCUCGUCGCCGCCGCCGCCAGCCACGGCAAGGGCCUCGAUACCCGCUUGGGAGGACGCGACGAUGGCGUUCAGCAAGUGGUACCAACCAAUUGCAAGGCACGGAGAGCUCUCAGCGGCGGCCUGUUGGCCGUGGCCGUGAGCGGCGCCGCACUAACAUUACCAUGCCAUGCUUCUUCCGCGGCGGCGUUGGAAGUGGAGCCGUCGCGCCAUCUGUCCUUAUACCGGGCCCUGGCGGUGCUGGGUGACCUGGACCCCGCGACGGCGAAGACGGUGGCGGGCGUGGCGGGGCCGGCGCUGUCGGCGUUCGGGUUCCUCUUCAUCCUGCGGAUCGUCAUGUCGUGGUACCCGAGGCUCCCCGUGACGGAGUUCCCCUACGUGCUGGCGUACGCGCCCACGGAGCCGUUCCUGGCCGUCACCAGGAAGCUCAUCCCGCCGCUUGGCGGCGUCGACGUCACGCCGGUCGUCUGGUUCGGACUCGUCAGCUUCCUCAACGAGAUCCUGGUCGGGCCGCAGGGCCUGCUCGUCCUCCUCUCUCAGCAGGUCUAGUAGUCCGUGCCAAUCGAUGUAACAUGAGCACAUAUAUAUGAACAAGGUUGCAACACAAAUCCAACAAAAAUAUUUGGAUUUUCUAUAAAUUAGUUGCCAUUUACAGGGGCACACUUCGUGCACCCAUGUCCA